AAGUUGCACAACCAGCAUCGUCUUCUUCGAGUAGGUUAAGGUCUUAAACCAUAAACCCUAGACGCUCCUGAAAUUCUCCCGACACAAAGAGGGGUUGGAAUCCGAUGUCGAACGGAGAAGAUUACGACUCGGACGCGCCGGAGGAGCUCACGGCCGAUCAGGGAGUACAACAAGACCAAGAACUUAACAAGCUCCAGAAAGAGCACAAAGCCAGGGUGGUUCGUGAAGCAAAAGAACGUCGUAGACAAUGGGCCCAAAAGAAAACACCCAAGAAAACUCCAAAGCCGUCUGUAAGUGUUCAAGAUGCCUCUGAACCUGAAGCAAACCAAGAAUCUUUGGGUAAUGGAGGGAUGCUUCCAAGCAACAUCGUUGAGCUGCUUGCAGCUCGUGAGAAGCAAAAGUUCCUCUCGGACUCUGAGGAUGAGAAGACUGACUCAAAGUCCACUAAGAAGAAGAAAAAGCUAAAAAGCUCAGGGGUGGAUACUAUCAUAUUGAAGGAGACACCUGCCCCUCAAUGCUUACAGAAUUCCUUAGCGUUCUUGGAGAAAAGGAGAAUGCAGGUACCUAGAUCAUCUGCAGUGUUGAACAACUCCAACCAAGCAUUACGCCUCCUCUCUUCUUCGGGCUUGUUAAGUAAAAAGUGACAAACUAAAAUGUCAGCAUUUUUGGCCCCCCGACGAGGACAUGCCUACGAAUUAUGAACAAAUGGGGACGGAUCAAUUCCCACGGGAUUUAACCGUCGAACUUUUAGAUUCUGCAGUUGUGUUGUAUUACACAUUGUUCUUCAUCAUAUUUAACAUAUUUUUCUUUCA